GCCAGUCUGAGCUGCAGAGAAUCCCUGCAGAGGAUUCUGAGACAGCGGGUGGAUCUCCCGCAGCCUCCACCCAGAAAGAACCAUGAAGGUCUCCCCAGCUGCCUUUGCAGUCCUCCUCACUGCUGCCGCUUUCUGCGCUCCUGCCUCUGCAUCCCCAUAUGCCUCGGACACCACCCCCUGUUGCUUUGCCUACCUCUCCCACCCACUGCCGCUCACCCACCUCCAGGAGUAUUUCUACACCAGCAGCAAGUGUUCCAUGCCAGCAGUCGUCUUUGUCACCCGGAGGAAGCGCCAGGUGUGUGCCAACCCACAGAAGAAAUGGGUGCGGGACUACAUCAACUCUUUGGAGAUGAACUAGGAUGGAGGGCGCCUAGAACCUGAACUUGUGCAAAGUUUCCUGCUGCUUCUUGUUUAUGUCCUAACUAGCUUGGGAAAGCCCCCACCCACCCCUACUCCCACUCCCUCCUGGGAGGGUGCAUAUUCCACCACUAAGCAGCAGUUAUAAAAGCCUCCUCCAU